CCAGGCGGCGCACCGCGCCGGGUGCGGUUCAUUCGCUCGGCGGCGGCGGCGGUGGUGGCGACUGCCGAGGAGGAUGUGGGCUACGCGCGGGCUGGCGGUCGCGCUGUCCCUGAGCGUGCUGCCAGACAGCCAGGCGCUGCGACCAGGCGACUGCGAAGUUUGUAUUUCUUAUCUGGGAAGAUUCUACCAGGACCUCAAAGACAGAGAUGUCACAUUUUCGCCAGCCACUAUUGAAGAAGAACUUAUAAAGUUCUGCCGUGAAGCAAGAGGCAAAGAGAAUCGGUUGUGCUACUACAUUGGGGCCACAGAUGAUGCCGCCACCAAGAUCAUCAAUGAGGUGUCGAAGCCCCUGGCCCACCAUAUCCCUGUGGAGAAAAUCUGUGAGAAGCUGAAGAAGAAAGACAGCCAAAUCUGCGAACUAAAAUAUGACAAGCAGAUUGACUUGAGCACAGUGGAUCUGAAGAAGCUUCGCGUGAAAGAGCUGAAGAAGGUCCUGGACGACUGGGGCGAGGUGUGCAAAGGCUGUGCAGAGAAGUCUGACUAUAUCCGCAAGAUAAAUGAACUGAUGCCUAAAUACGCCCCCAAGGCAGCCAGUGCUCGGACUGAUUUGUAGUCUGCCCAAUUCCUGCUGCUCCUGAGGGGAAAGUUCACCUGUCUCUUCCCCAAACACCCGUUUUGUAAUUUAUUUUUUAAGCGGGCUCCUGACAAUGCCAUGUGAAGGCUGGAGCUUUCCUAAUGACGACCCUGGCUCUUCGGUGCCCCCUAACCCCACUCGCAGGUGGGGAAGAAUUUACUUCCUCUUUUUGCUGGUUUACUCUAGGACUUAAAAGUUUGUCUGGGAUUUUUUUAUUAAAGGAAAAAAAAAUUUUGUCUUUGGAGAGUUGAGCUGACACAAGAUUCUGUCCCUUAAAUCUUC